UAAUAUUAUCACCGAGAGAAUGCCAGCCAGGAGAAGAACUGCAGGCCCAUCCACAAGCACCGGAGGUGGUAGCACAGAGACAAGUCCACAGUCAGACGAUCCCGCAUACAAGUUGAAAAGAAAAAAGAAUAAUGAGGCCGUACAGCGUACACGCGAAAAGACGAAAAAGUCGGCUGAGGAGCGCAAGAAUCGUAUUGAAUUUCUGAAGGAAGAUAAUGUAAAGCUUCAGACUUCCAUCGAUUCAGAAAAGAAACAUAUUGCAUGGCUGCGAGGACUUAUACUGGAGGGCAAGAAGAAUGCACAGAACGCAGCUGCGAUAGAUGAGAUAAAUGAGCUGUUGCAAAGCUCUGAAGAUGAUGAAGAUGUCAUACCGCAAUAUAAAAAUGACUAACGAACAAUUGCUCUUAAUUUAUCUUAUAUUAUUUACGUAUUUUUAAUUGUUACUAACCGUCAUAGACAUCAAGUUUUUCCAUGUGCAGCGAGAAAACCUCGUCCAUUAUGCUUAGUUGUUUAAUAUAAAUAAAUAUCGU